CAACGACGGAAGCGACGCUUCCUGCAAGUAAAUAGCCUUCUCGUCUGUCUUUCUUCCCUCAUCACCUCACUCUCUCGUACUUUGCAUUCUCCAUCGCGGUUGCAUUCGCGUGCGUGUGCUGAAGACGGGCCACGACUCAGCGGAGCCUGACAAAGACUGUCCGCCAUGGAUUCGAUGCGCAGCCUCAACAAGUCACUGCCCAAGACAAGACGGCAGCCCGAUGUGCACCAGUCGUUCCGGACGGCGGCGUUAAACGUCACCAACUUGUAUAAGUCGGCGCUUGCCGACCUCGACAGGGCCCGCACCGACGGCUACCAAGAAGCUCUUGACGACCUGCUCGCGUUUCUGGACAAGGAGAACAUGGGCCUGGGCGACGGAGAGGGCUGGCGGAUACGGCAGUGGGCGACGGAGCGGCUGGAUGGAAGCCUGCCCAAGCAGUCGAGCAGCGACAGCGACGAAGAGUACCUCGACAGCAACCGUGCCAGGAGCUCCUCGCCCAUUAUGGACCGCAACCCCGGCAUGGAAGACUCAGGCACGCUGGAUCCGCCAACGGCUACGGAGCAACGAUGCGACUCGGCGCCUCCCCUUCAGAUGGAAGCCUCGACCACAGAGGCUGACAUGUCGCCGCUACACCACGUCUUCGAAUUCUCUGCCGCCCAAGCCUUCCCGUCCGAACCACCAAACGAAACCGCCUCGGCCGACAUGUCCGCUGCCGCUCGCCGUGCCUUCUCUGCGCCCCGCCGUCCCUCGAACCGCUCGUCCACCCGGAACCUCCAACGAUCCGCCGCUCAGAACCUCUUCCAACUAGGCACAGGCGCAGGCCAAAAGAGACGAUUGAUGAACGACUUCUUCAACGUCGAUGGCUCCAACGACCGACGAGACGGCUCGUCAGGCGGCGGACCCAAGCGCGGACGCAUGUCAUAGCAUACAAAUCUCCAAGCCUGAGAGGCCACUCGUCCGACUCCAGGCAAUGACACGAACGACGCUUCGACGAAUCACGACUACCUGCAUCAUACCCAGACGGCGCAUAGGGCUAGUGGAUCAUUUUUCAUACGCAUUGGGGGAGGCUUAAUAGACGCAUCCUGUGGUGUUCAUUGCUUUUGGAUCUAUAUACCUUUCUUUUCCUUCUCUAUGGGGCGGGACAUCAUUUAGUGGUGUGCAAGUAGAUAGCAAGAGAGAGCUUUUUUUUUGUGAAGGAGACGGUAUCAAUAAUAUUGUUCUAGGUCCUCAGUUCUCUUUCUGUUCUGUGGAAUUCCAACACGUUACAUGCCGUGCC